AUGGCCGAACCACUGCGCUCGUCAGCGACAAAGAGUGGAUACGUUCUCCCGGCCAUCUGGAGCUUUCCUCCGUUUUUCACCCUCCAGCCCAAUCCCUCAACGCAAGCACACCAGCUUACUCUCUGGUCUGAAAUCAUUCUCGGCUGGGCAAAGCACGACCGAGUAUUCAGCGUCAAUGCCGACUCGCCCGAACCCGGGGAAGUGUUCACCAAUGGCAAGAUCCAGCGCCGCCUCCUUCCACCUGCGCUUCGGCAGGUUCUAGCGCACAUGGCGGAGCAAGGGACCGCCGCACCCGAAUCCAAAGGGGCCAGCACAUACUUGCUCUACUGGCGCAAGCCCGAGGAAUGGGGUCAAGUCAUUCACGACUGGGCAAGCGACAGCGGCCAGACGGGAACAAUCAUGACCUUCUAUGAGAUCACGGAUGGGGACGCGUCGUACACAGCGGAAUUCGCCGGACUCCCCGCGCAGUUGCUGCGGCGCAGCCUCGAGACACUCGUCAAGAAGGGCAAGGCGCAGCUUAUCCGCAGCGGGGACGGCGAAGGGGACGGCGUGCGGUUCCUUUAA